AUGGAGAACAGCCACACAGCCCAUUCCUGCGUUUUGUGCUCUGCACUAACUAAUCGUGGUGUUUCUCUAUUUCAGUUCCAUUCACUGCUGUUAAUGCUGAUCCUGGUGCUCCAGGCUAAGAAUUCAGCCCAUGGAAAGGCAGUACAACCUGGAUUCAACACAGAGAGAGGCACUGAUGAGAAAAAGAGUGAUGACUGCCCGCCCCAAAAAGAUGCCAGAUUCCCUCUAAGUGUGAAAGUUGACAUAAGCAUCAGCAGCACAAAGCAUGCUAUCAAAGUGGGUCAUGAUGUCAGUAACCGGUCUAUGUCUCCCUGGGAUUACAGCAUUAACGAGGAUCCCAACCGGUUCCCUCAAGUGAUCGCUCAGGCCAAGUGCCGCCAUUACAGCUGUGUGGACUCCACCGGACAGGAGGACUACAGCAUGAACUCCAUCCCCAUCCAACACGAGAUCCUUGUUCUCCAACGGGAGCGGAAAGGCUGCCAGCACACUUACCGGCUGGAGAAACAGCUGGUCACUGUGGGCUGUACCUGUGCCAGGCCCAUCAUCCACUACCUGCAGUAA